GUUCAAACUCUUAAUGAACAAGAGUGGGAAAAGAUGGAACAGGCCCAUGUUGUAGCCAAUGUUCAACAAGCCUUUGAUGUUACUGAUACAGAAUCAGGUCAGGCAGGUGAAACAGAAGAUAUUUUCAGUGCUAUGGAUAUGCUGUCACCCUCUGGUCAAACAGAUGCCCAAACUCUUGCCCUGAUGCUUCAGGAGCAGCUAGAUGCAAUCAAUAAUGAAAUUAGAUUAAUUCAGGAAGAAAAGGAGAACACAGAACAUAGGGCCGAAGAGCUAGAGUCUCAGUUUGGUAGUCUAGAAACUGUAGGUCUUGCAGUUCAUGAUCAUGCUUUAGAGUGGCUAUCUCCUCCUCACAGUGGCAGGUCUACUCCAAAGUCUAAUGAAAGUCCUCAAAAAGAUUAUUUACAAAAAUAUCAUACGGUAACAGGUUCAGUGAAAACAAAUGUUCAAAGUCCUCGUCAGCCUGCCCAAGUUCCACAGGUUCAGGAGGAAGUGGGACAACGUUUGGAGAUAGAAGUUGACAUAUUUGUUGGCAUGAG